CUCGAUCACGACAUCUCAACUCAACACCUCACUUCCUUCUCACCACGUCAACCUCCGCCCUUGAGCGCCACGAAACAUGGGUUCAAAUCCCGAUGAACCAUUGACUCACGAAGACGAGAUCACAGUUCUCAUAACGGGCUUCGGUCCUUUCCGAGCCCAGUAUCCCGUGAAUCCUUCCUGGGAGAUCGCGAAGUCUCUACCACCCUUCCUCCCCCCACCGGCAUCGCCAACAGCUGAUCUCUCAGCGAUCGCAAGCAGUCCUCCCGUUCGAAUACUGGUCCAUACUGAACCCAUAAAGGUCGCGUACAAGACGGUAAGGGAAUUGGUGCCAAAGCUAUGGGAGGGGAGGAAGAUCGACUAUGCAGUUCAUAUCGGGAUGGCGUCAGGGAGGAGGUUCUACAGUGUAGAGAGGCGAGCACACCGGGACGGCUACGGCAUGGAGGAUGUGGAUAACGAGCUCUUAGGAGAUCAUGUAAGGAAGAAUAUUGAGGGCCAGGAGUGGAUCUGGCACGGAUUGCCGGAAAAGCUGUUGACGGCUGUUGACGUCGAUGACGUGUGGAGGAGAUGGCGGAUCGCAAUGCCUACAACUGAUGUUAGAAUAUCCGAGGAUGCGGGCAGAUAUCUUUGCGACUUCAUAUAUUACUCAAGCCUGGCACACCUUACAAAGAAGGACGAGAAGCGGCGAGCGGUAUUCCUCCACGUUCCUGUUGAUAGCGACGCUGCUGCGGUCAAGACUGGGGUUGAGGUUACGAUCGAGUUGAUAAGAGCAAUGGUGCGAAGUGGCAGAUUGAAGAAGGCGACCAAAGAAGAUUGAGAUGUUUCUCUAUUCAUCAUUUCCGAGGGAGCAUACUAACAUGGAUCAUGAUUUACGAUAGCGUUGCAUAUCAGCUGGUGGGUAUAUAAGAGAGGAAAUUGCUUUCUUGAACAUACUGCUCGUAACUAGUACGCUCGGAACAAGGCCAUUUUGAGGAAUAUAUUAAUAUGGGAGUCGAUCGAAACGUUAUGCAUAGCGUAUGGACCUAGGAUCAUUUUAAUCGCAUCAUCC